AUGGGCUUCGCAAACAAGAUCCUCCACGUGCUGUCCCCUCCAGGGGACACGGAGUCGGACGGGCGCGACAAGUUCCCCAACCGCCUCUCGUUCAUCCUCGCGGCCGUUGGCGGUGCCGUGGGCCUGGGCAAUGUCCUCCGCUACCCGUCCGUCGUCUUCCAAAACAGCGGCCUCCAGUGGUUCAUCCCGUACCUCAUCGCCCUCAUCUUCCUCGGCCUCCCCGUCCUGCUGCUCGAGCUCAGCCUGGGCAACGCCUACCGCGCGGGCGUCGUCACCUCUUUCAACGGCAUUAACCGUCGCGCCAGGGGUGUCGGCCUCGGCGUCGUCCUCACCGGCUACAUGGUCGUGUGCUACUAUGUGCCCAUCCUCUCGUGGGUCAUGCACUACUUCCGCUCCUCAUUCCAGAGCCCGCUGCCCUGGGACGGACGCGGCAACGAGUUCUACCUGCAGGACGUCAUCGCCAACAAGGACCCCAUCCCCGGCGAGAUCAACGCCGCCGGCGACGUCGUCCGCUACACCGUCUACCCGGGCAGCGGCAUGGUCGGCGAGACGGUCGGCUGGACGGCCUUUAUCUGGUUCUGCGUCUGGCUCAGCAUGUUCAAGGGCGUCGGCGUCACGGGCCGCGCCAUCUACUUCACCAUGGGCCUGCCCAUUGUCAUGCUCAUCAUCCUGCUCGGCCGCUCCGCCUCGCUCGACGACGCCGUCGUCGGCAUCCGCUACUACUUUGCCGAGUGGCACGGCGAGAAGCUGGGCAGCGGCAAGAUCUGGCAGGCCGCCUGCGGUCAGAUCUUCUUCUCCAUCGGCGUCGGUUUUGGCUACUUUACCACCUACUCGUCCUAUAGCUCGCGCUUCGCCAACAUUGUGCAGGACACGCUCAUCAUCGCCUUCAGCAACUCCAUGUUUGAGAUUGUCGCCGGCUUCGUCGUCUUCAGCAUCGUCGGCUUCCUCGGCCUCGACCCCAACAACCCGGACGACGAGACCGCGGUCGGCACCUUCACCGUCGGCUUCCUCACCUACCCGCUCGCCCUCAGCCAAAUGUCCGGGUCCAACUUCUUCUCCGUCGUCUGGUUCCUCACCAUUGCCCUGCUCGGCAUCAGCUCCUCCGUCGCCCUCAUCGAGUCCCUCGUCACCAUCCUCAACGAGAGCCUGCUCGGCAACCACGUCAAGCGCUGGAAGACGGCCUCUGCCGUUGUCUUUAUUUCCUUCCUCAUCUCCCUCGUCUACUGCACCCAGUUUGGCUACUACUUCCUCGACGCCGUCGACACCUGGGUCAACAACAUCACCCUCCUCCUCAUCGUCUGGUCCGAGAUUGUCGCCAUGUCCAUCCUCUACCGCAAGCCCGAUGUCUGCGACCAGGUCGGCAAGGUCGCCUUUUACCUCUACACGGCCACCUACGUCCUCUCCAUGUUCCUCGGCGUCGUCGUCGGCCAGGCUGUGUCGCCAGCCGCCGGCGCUGGCGUCGGCUUUGGCAUCUUCGUCGUCGGCACCGUGGCCAGCGUCCUCCUCGCCCGCACACCAACCUCGGUCGCCCCCCGGUUCUUUGGCCGCAGCGCAAUCAUCAGCAAGUGGUGGUGGCUCGCCUUCUACUCCACCAACCAGCUGCGUCGUGACUUUAACGUCAUCCUCAGCCACGGCGGCAACUGGCGCAUCCCCAUGUUCUGGGGCCCCGUCAUGCGCUACAUCUCCGCCCCCAUCCUCGCCAUCAUCGCCUCCUUUGCCUACCCGGAUUUCUACGCACGCGGCCGCCUCGACCCUCUCCACAUUUGCGGCUUCACCUUUGCCCACGUCGCCCUCUUCUUCGCCGUCGCCGGUCUUAUCGUGCCCCGUGCCUUUGACGUCUUUGUCCAGCCUGACCGCCGCAACGAGAGCAAGAUCACCGCCGCGCCCCAGGCUCUUAUGCCGGGCUUUGUCGCGCGCGUCCACGAGGCCCGCAACGGUGUCGUCCACGGAGAGGAGGCUGGUACCUAUGAUAAUACCUAUGAUAAUGGUACGGAGCAUUCUGGAAGCGGACACGGGAAUGGGAAGAAGCAUGAAGGGUAA